UCCGCCGCGCUGCCGCAAAAGCUAUCUAGCUCCUUCUCACCUCCCUCCUCUCGCCACCCCAGCGCGCGCAGAUCCGGCUAGGGUUAGGGUUCCCGGCGGCGAGCGAUGGCGAUCAGGAAGACCCAGACCAAGGCCGAGAAGAAGCAGGCGUACGACCGGAAGCUGUGCAAGUUCCUCGACGAGUACUCCAGGGUGCUCAUCGCCGAGGUGGACAACGUCGGCUCCACCCAGCUCGCCGCCGUCCGCAGGGGCAUCCGCGGCGACUCGGAGAUGCUCAUGGGCAAGAACACCCUCAUCCGACGCUGCAUCAAGGUGCACGCCGAGGCCACCGGCAACGACAAGAUCAAGGCCAUCAUACCGCUGCUCCAGGGAAACGUCGGCCUCAUCUUCACCAAGGCCGACCUCAAGGAGGUUCGCGAGGAGGUCGCCAAGUACAAGGUUGGGGCCCCUGCUCGUGUUGGGCUGGUUGCUCCUAUUGAUGUGGUGGUUCCCCCAGGCAACACUGGUCUGGAUCCCUCCCAGACUUCUUUCUUCCAGGUGCUUAACAUCCCCACCAAGAUCAACAAGGGCACUGUGGAAAUCAUUGCCCCUGUGGACCUCAUCAGGAAGGGUGACAAGGUGGGCUCGUCCGAGGCUGCCUUGCUUGCCAAGCUCGGUAUCCGCCCAUUCUCCUAUGGUCUUGUGAUCACCAAUGUCUAUGACGAUGGGUCGGUGUUCAGCCCUGAGGUUCUUGACCUCACCGACGAAGACCUGAUCGAGAAGUUCGCUUCUGGUGUCUCCAUGGUUGCGUCACUGUCCCUGGCAGUCUCGUACCCAACCAUGGCUGCUGCACCGCACAUGUUCCUCAAUGGGUACAAGAAUGUGCUUGCUGUUGCUGUGGAGACAGAUUACUCGUUCCCUCAUGCUGAUCAGAUCAAGGAGUACCUCAAGGACCCCAGCAAGUUUGCUGUUGCGGCGCCAGCUGCUGCCGCGCUGUCUGGUGGUGCUGCGGCUGCUCCCGAGGAGGAGAAAGAGGAAUCUGAUGGUGAAUCUGACGGUGAGGGAAUGGGCUUUAGCCUGUUCGAUGACUAAGAAGUUGAUCUCAGGUUACCCGUUCUACCGUAGAUAGAUGAUGAGUGAGCUCUUUUAUCUUAGUUGGCAUCUCAUGCUCUUUGCUGAAAGAAUCAUGCUGGACUGUACUGUGUAUUCGACAAUGCUGGUAUCGUUCGACCUGUCAUGUUGGUA